GUUCCGCGCGGCUCCGCGCUCCGCGUUUCCCCGCGGGCCGCGCCGGCCCCGCCCCGCGGCUCCGGUUUCAGCCGCUGCUACAGGGACCCCCAAGAUGGAAACGCAGGGGCUGCCCGCCGCGGAGGCGGCCCGGGCCCGGCCCGGCGCCCAACAUGGCGGCCCCGCCGCGCCGCCCGCCGCCCCGCCGCCCGCCUGGCAACCGCCGCUCGCCGCCGCCUCCUCCUCCUCAGCCGCCUCCUCCUCCUCCUCGCCCGGCCUCUACGUCAGCUUCCCGGUGCUGCUGCUGGAGGAGAAGCCGGAGCCUGGCUCCAGCCCGCUGCCCGGCCCCUGCGCGCCGCCGGCGGGGCCGCAACCGCCGCCGCCACCCGACAGCGACGGGCUGCUGCUCGUCUUCAACGUGGUGCGCGGCGCCGCCGAGGCCGGCCCGGGCUGUGGGGAAGCGGGGCGAGAGCAGCAGCAGCAGGAGGAGGAGGGCGAGGCCCCCGCUUCUUCGCCGCCGCCUCCUCCACCACACCAUCCUCCUGCUCCUCCGCAGCCUCCGUCCCCGGCGGCCCGUGAGGUGGCAGAGGAUGAUGAUGAUGAGGAGGAGGAAGGCUCCUUCUCGGGCACCAUCACCAUCAACAACCAGAGCCUGGUGGUGCGCAUCGAGAACGGCGUCCUGACGCUGGGCCCUGGCGCCGAGCAGCAGGCCGCGGGCUCCGCGCUGCCUCCUCCUCCUCCUCCUCCACCUCCUCCUGCGGCCGCCUCGUCAACCUCAGCCUCAUCCUCAUCCUCCUCCGAGCCCCCGGGCGGGCCCCGGCCGCGCUCCCCGCCGGCUUUCCCAUGCCCGGAGCCCCGCUGCGGCCAAGCCUUUCCCCGCAAGCAGCAGCUGCGGCUGCACCGCCUGACUGCUCACGGUGGAGGAGGAGGAGGAGGAGGAGGAGAGGAGGAGGAGAACGGCCGGGGGGCGGCGGUGGUGACGGCUGCCCGGCCUUUCAGCUGCCAGGUGCCGGGCUGCGCUUGGUCGUUCGCCACCGCCUACAAGCUGCGGCGCCACCUGCACUCGCACGACAAGCUGCGGCCCUUCGUCUGCUCCGCUCCCGGCUGCUCCAAGCGUUUCACCACCGUCUACAACCUGCGGGCCCACAGCCGCGCCCACGAGCAGGAGGCGGCGCACAAGUGCGAGGCGUGCGGGCAGCGCUUCCCCAGCGCCGCCCGCCUCGCCGCCCACCGCCGCCGCAGCCACCUGGAGCCCGAGCGGCCCUACCGCUGCGAUUUCCCCGGCUGUGAGAGGACAUUCAUCACAGUGAGUGCGUUAUUCUCCCACAACCGAGCCCACUUUAGAGAGCAAGAACAGUUUUCCUGUUCCUUCCCUGGCUGUAAUAAGCAGUAUGACAAGGCCUGCCGACUGAAGAUCCACAUGAGGAGUCACACAGGUGAAAGGCCUUUUAUUUGCGACUUUGAAGGCUGUGGCUGGUCUUUCACCAGUAUGUCCAAGCUGCUGAGACAUAAAAGGAAACAUGAAGAUGACAGGAGAUUUACGUGUCCAGUAGAAGGCUGUGGGAAGUCUUUCACAAGAGCAGAACACUUGAAAGGCCACAGCAUAACCCACCUUGGUACAAAACCAUUUGAGUGUCCAGUAGAAGGCUGUUGCGCAAAAUUCUCAGCACGUAGUAGUCUGUAUAUUCACUCCAAAAAACAUCUUCAGGAUGUGGACUCAUUAAAGACGCGUUGCCCUGUAUCAAGCUGUAAUAAAUUGUUCACUUCCAAACACAGUAUGAAGACACACAUGGUCAAACAGCACAACUUCAGUCCAGAUCUCCUAACUCAGCUUGAAGCAACCAGCUCCCUCACACCCAGCAGCGAACUUACUAGUCCGGGACAAAGUGAUCUCAGCAACAUAGACCUGGUGUCCCUGUUCUCCAACGUGUCAAGUAACAAUUCUGGAAUUGCAACAGAUAUGGCGUUAGUGAACUCUGGAAUAGUCACGAUAGAUGUUGCUUCGGUGGGCUCAACUCUCGGAGGAAACCUGCCUGUCAGUAACAGUUCUUUAAGUCAGGCGGUUGAUCCCUUGAUACUGGUGGCCAGCAGUGACAUGCCGCAGAGCCUGGACAGUUCUCUCUUGCUGGGAACCAGCACAACAGUUCUACAGCAAAGCACUUUAAAUUUGGAUGAUGUACAGACUGUCAAUGCAGAAGCCUUGGGUUCGCUAGCGUCUCUGUCAGUGAGGAAUUCCAGUCAAGAUGUGCACAGUUUGACAUCCAGCAAUAAUUUAACAAUUGACACAGCCACUUUGACUCCUUCUAGUAGCCUUGGUGGUACCAACGUGCCUGAGUUACUAACGCCAACUAAAAUUGAACGGAAUUUGCUUCCCAGCUCGGACGUUGUUGGUCAGCAAGAGGGCAGCAAAGUAGUGACUCAAUUUGUUUUCUCCAACCCUCCAGGAAGCUACAGUGCUCAGAAAGAAAUGGAUCUUAGCGCAGUCACUGGCAGCUCGUUUUUGGAGAGCAGUGGGUCUGCAAGAACAGACUACAGAGCCAUUCAGCUAGCCAAGAAAAGAAAACAGAAAGGGAAUGGGAGCAGCACAGGGGCUUCUGGCUCUGGUCAGAGGAAAAGCAAGGGUGGUAAAGUAAGCCCUACGAACUUUUCAUCAUCCAAUACUGGCAGUCGACUGGGUGGCAACAUUGUUCUGCCAAAUGGGGGGCUGACAAUAAGGGACCCUGCCACUGGAGCACAGUAUGUGCAAAUUCAGCUUCUACAGGAUGAUCCCUCAGGAGAGGGAGAUUUACCCUUUCAACUGAGCUCUCAGUCCUCCUCAUCACAUUCUCAGCUUACAGUGGAUUUACCUGUUCACAUACUUCAGGAGCCACACAAUUCCACUGAAGAUGAUGCAGGUUCUGAUAACUCUCAGUUCACUGGAAGCACAAUAAACUUACAGGAUCUGGAGUGACCAUUAUUAAGAACUAUUACUUGAAAACAAAUUGGGCAAUCACGUCUCAACAAAGUGAGAUAACUGUGUGGGUCUUUUUCCAAGGAAAAUAUGAAAACUAGGAGUACUGGACUGUGGUUGCACUCUUUGCAAUUUGCUAAAGACAGUUACAGCUGAAAGAUUUCCUUAAAAAAAAAUGUAAAUCCUACUUGAUGUGCCUGUGUAGUAUAACCUGUCUGCCUAACGGUCACAGAGACCAAGGCAGGCUGCUGUACAGUGUUGUUUCAGGGAGAAGUACUGUAUUAAACUUCAAACUGAGGUAAUAUUUACUGUUUUCACAGGAAAGCAAGUAUUCUACAGCUAACAAGUACAAAUUUAUAAACCUCUGCCUAUGACAGUUCAAACUUCCCUUCCAUUGGUCUCCUGCUGGAACCAGUGGCAUUGAGAAAUUAAAAGUUAAAAUUUGCAAGUAUUUCACAUGUGCACACACAGAUUGUUUUGGCCCCUGUGUUUUGGCAGAAAACUGGAAUAAAUUGUCACAUGUAACAAAGUUAAUGUCCUACGCCAUGAAAAUGAAAUGCUCUAAAGUUUUGUUUUAGCAAGCUAGAUUCUAAAUGUUAACUUAGCUGUGAAUCAGUUUGUAGCUCAUGUUGAGUUUCUCCCUUUCCUUGCUCCUGCAUCCCAAAUUAUCUGCUGAAUUCUUCCAGCAAAACUUGAAAAAAGAACUGCAAUAGAACUGUACUCACUGUAAGUGAUUAGCUAAGACUCCAACAGUGUCUGAGAGAGGUUAGUUUUAUCUUUGUGUUCCCUUUUUUGGGAGAGAUGUUGACCGUCACGUAAAUUUUAAGCACCUUGAUUAUAUCUCAUCUAUGAACUGCUGCCAAGUUAGCUGUAAACUGGCCACUACCUUUUUUUUUUUUCUUUUUUUUUUUUAAUUUUUUCCCUUUUUUUUUUUUUUUAUGGAACACUGUUAACACUUUUUUGUUAUUGAUAUCACAGAGUAUCACAUGCAUGUGGAGCUUCCGUCUGGUUUACAGAAUAUGCAGUUGUUAGAAUAUGUUGGGAGGGGAAAAGAAUUGUUACUAGAUUUGUCCCGUUGAAAAGCUGCAGUUUCUGCCGGGGGGUGGGGGGAAGAGUUUGUAUGUACUGUACUUCCCUGGAUUGGAUUGCAGACAGUUAAGUAAGUUUAGGGUUGUAUAGGGGGGAAAACCACCAUUUGGUUACAUUUUAAGGUGGCAAUUUAAAUGUUUCUUAUGGUAAUGUACUGAAUGCCUAUAAACUUAUGUAUAGGAAUUUGAUAAAAGGGUGUAUGUAUUGUUUUUUAUUCUCAAUGAGGUGUGUGUAUGCACGUAUGUGUAUAUUUUUUAUGAAAUAAGAUAUGUCAUGCAGAAGAACCUUGUGAUCUUUCUAAUCUUGCACAUAUUUAUUUAUUUUACAGUUUUACUGAUGUUGAAUUCACACGAGGUCAUUCAGAAAUGCUUUUACUUCCUGUGCCUUUUGAACUAUGUAUGUGUCCAGAACAAUACUUUUUUUCUGGUUGAUGGGAGGGGGCAGGGGGGAGUUUACAGGUUACAUUUAACUUCAGGUCCUGGUUUGUAGGCAGUAUUUUAUCUUCUGGUUUAACCGGUCUUUAUUUUUUCUAUCUUUUGCUUAACUAUCUGAGCAUUGAGGUCUCUCUGUUCCUCUCAUCCUGAGUUUACAGCAUAUGUCCAGGGAAUAUCAUAACCCUCUCAGGUGGGGUUUCGAAACCACGCUAAUUGGUAGGGGAUAUACUUGAUGGCUGUGACCACAGCAUAGAAUCCACUCCUGAGAGGUAGAAGGGUUGAGGAGGAAUCAUGCUGAAGGGACUACUGGUGUUUUUCCUAGUGGUCACCGUGCUCUCUCUGGAAGCUGAAACUCCUCAAGCUCCCAUUGCCUGUGUUAAUCUGUUUUCGAGGACCAUACCAGUUCUUAAUCUAAUAAAAUGGCCAAGGAACACACCAUCUUUUUAUGGGACUUGCAAAUGAAUCUUUAUACUUCUGAAAAUGUACCUCAUUCAGCUUUGUAAAUGAAUGUAAAGCGCUAACCUCUGGGGGCCGAAAAUUGGAUUACUUGGCUUCAAGUCCAUUGCUGGCAAUGGAUACCCGAAGAACUGCUGGUGCAAAAGGGUUAAUAAAGCUUUUUUUUUAUGGUCA